AUGUACAACAGGCAGCCUUGUCACGCGCAUGUGCCCGAGGUAUGCGACAUGGAUGCGACUGAAGAAGGCCCUGGCGCGCAAGAUGAUGGGGCAUCACCAAAGGCCGCCCACGUCCUGCUCUCCUGUCUGUUGGCUGUAUCUACGUGCAUAGAGGAAGCAAAGUCAUCUUUUGCUGUUGGCGGCGCAUGUGUUGGAAUUUCUGUCAAGGAGGCCCUGUACACUUUUCAUUUGAUUCUUAGCCAUGAUGGGUGA